GGGAAUUGUUUUCCUGUCAUCCUUGUAGCGCAGAAAGAAUAGUGAAGGAAAGGACAUAUACAAUAAUUACAGGACUACAAGGAAGAGCGUAAUAAUAGUACCAUCGAUUUUAAUGUAAUACAUUUUAAUUAUUACUAUAUAUAUUUAUUUAUAUUUAGCAGAGCUGUAGUAGGUAAAGAAAAUGGAGCACAGCCUGAACAAUACACGCAAGGUUGGAAGCUAAGCUACUCUGUUCUUUUCGCGCUAAGCUAGGCUAGUAGCUAGGCCUCGGAAAAGCAAAACAAGACGACCAUUGCCUAGCUAGCCAAGACGAUAGCUAACUAGUUAACAAGUAAGUUCACAAACGAAUGUUUGCUUAUUAUAUGUGCAGCCCACUGUUGUGUGGUUUUCUGGUAAAUAACUCUUUAGCAGAUAGUUUGCUAGCUAUUUUCCAUAUCGAAUUAUUUCCGCGGGAGAGAUAAUUAGCACACCUGCUAAGUUUGCUAGCUUGCUAACAUGAGCGAGUCGUCGGACUGCAAGCAGUCCGUAGACUCCGCGCCCAGGAAACGAUGUCCGUCUCCUGAACAGUGCCGCGAGUCUCCUGCUCCGAGUAAGUUAACCAAACUGGACGAAACAUCGUGUGAAGUGCGUGUAAAUAAUCAGGGUAACAACAAACAGCAAGACAACGGUACUGUGUCUGCUGAUCUAGAAAAGCAGAAUGGGAAAGAGGAGAGUGGACUUUCUUUACUAACGGGACAGGGGGAAGAGAGAAGCGCGGCUGUCAAUGUCAGUAAUCCAGUGGGUGCAAAUAUUCCUGAAAAGACACAUGAAUCUGGCGAUGCAAAGGUUGAUGCCAAGGACGGUACAGUUGCUGAUUGCCGCCCGUCAACUUCACUGGAUCAGUCUGAUUCGGCUGCAAUAGCAGCCGCAGAAGCACUUGCUAGUCUCACAGGGGGAGAUGGUGAUCUCAAAAGAAAAGAGACUCCCUGUUCAUCCAAAAGAGUUGAUGUUGAGAAACAAGGAAACAAAAUUAAGCGUAGUGAUCGCGAUUCAUCCAAGGGAAGUUCUAAACUCGGGAGGUCGUUUCAAACACAGGCAGCUGCUGCAGACAGUUCUACAUCAGCCCAUGUUGACAGAGAAGUUACGGAGGACAUGCCAGAUGCGGACGAGGAGGACGAUUCGAUACCUGAAUCCUCCUCCACACCAAGUUCCUCCUUCCCUUCAGAUAAUGAGGACAACGACGACGGGGAGUGCGCUAUUGUGUCAGUGAAGAUGGCCCCGGAGAUUCGACAGUCAGUGUCUCUUUUGGCACAGGUACAAAUGAGGUUAGACGCUCUUGAGAAGAAGAGUGCGCGACUUCACCAGCGACUGGAAUUGAAAAUGAGUCGGCAGCGCCGCCCUCACCUGGACCAACGCAGCGCCAUUGCAAAAUCCAUCCCUGGCUUCUGGGUUACAGCAUUGUUGAACCACCCUCAUCUCUCAGCCCACAUUGACGAGACCGAUGAGGAUGCUCUCAGCUACAUGACCGAUCUUGAGAUUGAGUCAUUCAAGAACAACAAACUUGGCUACAGAAUUGGGUUCCACUUUAGGAGGAACCCUUAUUUCCAAAACAAUAUCAUAGUAAAGGAGCUUCACCUUGGAAUGGGAGGCUCUCCUGUGUCGUUCUCCAACCCCAUACUGUGGCAUCGUGGCCAGAACCUGACGGCCAACAGUGAGCCCCGGCGGCUGGCUCGGGGGGUCUAUCAGACCUUCUUCUGCUGGUUCAGUGACCACAGCAGCCCAGGCAGAGACGACAUUGCACAGAUACUGAAGGAAGACCUCUACAGAAACCCUCUGAGAUACUACCUGACUCCACUGUGGGAACCCAGGGAGAAUGGAAGUGGUGCCAGUGGUACCAGGGCAGCGGAUAACAGCAACGGGGAUGAGUGUGUGGUAAUCUCUGACUCGGAUGAUGACGAGGAGGAGUCUGGACGAGGCCAAAGCCGGGAGGAGGAGGAGGAUGAAGAGGAGGAGGAGGAGGAACAGAGGGGGAGUGCUGGAGAUGAGAGCCCAGUGGAGGUUGAUGAUGGAGAGGUGGUGAUUGACGGGUCUGACAGUGACGAGGAGGCCAGAGAGGAGGAGGAGGAGUCCUAUGGGGAGAAGGAUGAAGAGGUGGAUGUUGAAGAUGUAGACGAGUUCUCAAGGGGUCAGGAGGCCAGAGACCAGGAAGAGGAAGAUAUCGAUGUGGAUGAGGAUGAGGACCACAGCUAAAAUCAUGUCCUUCACAAUGUUCCUGUUGUUAUGCACAAAAACUAAAUUGUUUCCAUUUGAUUCUAAAUGUAUUUUUUAUUCAGGGUGAAAUUACAAAAAAGUCAGGGCACCACAUUGACGCCACUGUUUUAUACAGAAGUACAUUAUCUACAUAUUUUGGUGCAGUCUUGUAUCAUGUGUCCAAAAUAAGAUUCCCAAGACCUUAGGUCUCAAACAACUAGGGAGCCAAUAAUAUAAUAGCUACCUGGAGGUGUAAAUUGUCUCACACCUUACCUGAUUUAACUGCCAGUGUGUGGGUAUGUUUGCAAGUGGUCCAGUCAGAAACAUUUAUCAAUACUUAUCAUCUAUAACAUCAACACUGUCUUGGACCUUUUUUAGCGUAUUGACGAGGUAAAAGACAGGUUUCUUGAGGAUGUAAUAUUCCCAGUAAAUCUCAGAUGCACUCCGUACUGAACCAAAUCUUGUUCUCAGGGAUGACAUUAUGGGUUUUUUUCAUAUAAGGAAACAAUCAUUUGGAGACCUUUUUCCUCAUGUUUUUGUUGGCUAUAUUUAUGUAGGAUGUGUUCACUGUAGUUUUGUUGGCUAUAAAGAGGUAAAUAUUGGAUGAUGCCCAUUUGCCUUCCCUAUUAUUAGCUUUUUGUCUGUGCACCAACACUGAUACAAAUGUACACAUUAUGUAGCCUAUUUAAAGUGAUAGUGUAUAUAAACAAGUCAUUGAUUGAAUUGUGACGAAGACCUAUAUUUUGUAACAAGCCUGUUUAGCUGAUUAAAGAUUUAGACAAAAUUGUUAAUCUUAAGUGUGUUGAAUCUGAAGUGUGUUUGUGUUCAUGUAUCUUUUAGGAUGGACGGCAUCACAUUUUAUUUGUAUUUUUGGUCAUGUUUAUUGAUCACAUAAGUGUAUGCAAUUAAAAGUCAGAUGGAUUACUAUAGGUUUAUGGUUGUGCAUUUUACAGCAAAUGCGUGACAGUAUGUGGUAUAAGUAAUAGGACAGUAGCCGCAGUUGAUGAAUUCUUACCCUUGUGUAACAGUCGCAAGUUUAUAUGUUCUUCCUUUUCUCAUGAAUGGAAUGUAAAUAUUUCAACCUAAUUUUAGAGGCUAAAGAUCUGUUAAGAGUAAACUAUACAUCAAGUAAUCUAGUGUUUGACUUUAGGAUAUAUAAUCAGAAAGCUCUAUUUUGCGUGCUGAAUUUUAUAGGACACUAGUUUUGAAACCCUUAGUUUUUUUUGCUUUGUUUUUUAAAUAAUGUCCCCUUUUGAAUCAGACUAAAUAAAAGUUAUUUAACUGUG